CCACAAGAAGGCAUUUGGGAUGGACGUGUUUAUAAUUUUCUAAUUAAAUUCCCUCACACCUAUCCAGUCGAACCACCAAAAGUCAAGUGUCUCACACCUCUCUUCCAUCCAGCUAUUCAUCCAAAUAGUGGAGAGGUUUGUUUGCCAAUUUUACUUCAAAACGAGUGGAAGUCUUGUUUUGUCAUCUCAACCAUCCUCAUGUCCAUUCGGGCACUCUUAUGU